CAGGUCGAGAACCAGCUUGUGAACUAUCGUUUGACAACGUAUACGACGAAGAGCCUCUACGGCAACCGAGCUUCUCGAGCACUCAUCCCACGGUCCUCAUACUAUUGUUUAGACGUCGUUUGGACAAGAAAGCAACAGUGCGGCCUGAUCGACUCAUUACUGAGGAACUUCUACAUUCCCCCACUUGUUUUCGCUGUCACGACCAAUCCCGACGGUACUCAAACUCGCGCUUGCAUAGAUGGCAAGCAAAGACUGACUUCGAUAAAGCUUGGAACAGGGAAAAGCUACUUCCGUUACGAAGCGAAGCUCGACAAGGGCGCUAAACGUCUCCCGAAGUACCUAACCCAGGUCUUCUUCAACAAGCAGGUGCCGUGCAUCGAGUAUGAGGGGCUCACAAACGAUCAAGAGAGAGAAAUCUUCCAGCGCGUUCAACUUGGAAUGGCUUUAACGCUGGCUGGUACGCCCCCCACCUCACGCGCCCGGCCUGCGCCACUCAUAAUGCACCUAGAGCGUAUGCAGGCACUAGCCGGACCGCGGCCCUCUCUUAUCCGUGAAGUGCAUUCGCUCAUUCUCGGUGAAGAUGGGUUUGGGAAAGACCUAGAUUGGGGUAUGGAUCGCGGGUCAGACUUCCGCUGUCUCGCCAGCGUCAUCUACCUGAUCGAGCACUAUCCGAGGCCCACAUUCCCCACGACGGUACAGCUCAUCAACUGGCUUCAACAGGACGACAACGUCACGCACCAGCUUCGCAAGGGGAUUCUAGAGACAUUCACAGUCUUCGUCCGACUCGUCAAGAGCAAGAAGUAUAACAUGGCGUUCAGCAAGCCGUCGCGCGUGUCUCCCAUCGAGUUCACGAUGAUCGGCGUGCUCAUCCAUCUCUGCAAGGACACCCACUCCCUCGUUCAGAUCUCGCAGACGAUCUGGAAGAUGCGAGUGCAUGUGCGGCAGAAAUUCACGGCCGUGCGGCAGAACAGCAAGGUUUCCCGGGCGAUGUUCGACUUUAUC